UUUUCUAUCUAUCUACACAUCAUUCACUCUCAACAGCCAGACAACUUUUUUCUAUCAGCAAUAUCCAAUACCUAUUCUCCAAUCUAUUUUCCCAGACCCAAGAUCUUCGCAACCAUGAUAUCCAACACCGUAUCAACAGUCAUUCUAGCUCUGAUCACCCCAACGGUCCUUGGUAACUUUGCCAUCUACAAUUCAGGCAUUGGAGGAGAUGGAAUCUCAGAAAAUGUUGACGGCUGGCAAAUUUAUGAAUUGAAAGAUGGAGUCCCUGCCUGCGACGAUGCAUUAGAUUGGAUCUGGCGCGAUUCAGAUGAUGUCAGCGGACUAAAAUAUGGCGUUCGCUGUUCUGGAGAUGGCGAUUCUUGCAAUCGUUCUGGGUCUGGCGAUAAAAUCAAGGAACUAGAAAUCAACGCCAGGCAGUAUAAGGGGGACAGCAAUCGUUUACACUUCACGUACUAUGCCAAUCGCGGUGGAGUCAUCGUAGACACGGAUGAUAAACCAAUGGGAAUUUGCGAACCUGCACCCGAGGAACAGUUCUAUUGUGGAAUCAAGGGUGGACGUGCCGAAGGAACACGCAAACUAAAUUGCCAUUCUGGCUUGUGGGCGGGAAACUUUACGCAGCCCACGUGA